AUGUCCAACCAGGUCGCACCCAAACAAACACCUCAGAAAAAACAAAUCUCACAGAGAGAAUACGACCACCGGGAGGAAUGGGCGCCUGAAACUAUCAAGGAUUACCAGGUGUUUUCUGGUAGGCCUACGCCAGCAACAGUCCACCAGAAACGGCACCAACAACAGCAUCAGCCUCCACAACAGCAACAUCAACCUCAAACAACCAGCGCCGGCAUGGUCCAAGGCCGAGUGCCGAACAGACGCUCACAAAUGCGGUCGUCCUCUCUUUUUGAAGAAUGGAAGACUAACGCUUUGCGUAACCCGGUGCAGCCCAACGAGCUCGCUGUUUCUCCUACAACCACGCCAAAACAAAACAACAAGACAGAGGGAGGUGUUACUUCCGGCGACGCAAGAAGACCAUUGGGGGAAAAACCUGAUAAAACACACAAUGCUCAAGCGAGGACUAAGCCAACAAAUGAUUAUCGUGGUCGGCAGCCGACAACAACCAAGGCCGACGGCAUUAAUACAGAAACCCCUAGUUCUGUUCCAUUCUCAAGUACCCAAAGUGGCCCCUCUAUCAAUCCUACGGCAACUAUUAGGAAGAAGGCCUCAAAGAGAGAAAGAAAACAAGAUGGCCCAGGGCGCCAACAACAACACUCCAAGGACAGAGGGCAGAAACAGCCAGCUUACGUGGCCCCGAACGGCACUCAGUUCGACACUGACGAGCUGAUACAAUUGGCUCUUGGAAUCAAACUCAAAGGCAAGGAUGUGGUGUAUUUCCUCCCUUGCUUCAUAGAAGAUCCGUGGAAGGAUAUGAAGCCGUCUCCAUGUAUCCGCCCAGCAGAACUCAAGAACAGAUCCUAG